AUGACAAAGCAUUACAGGGUCACGUUUUCAAAGCUCUUCAGCUGGAAAAAGAAGAGUUGUGUCGCAUCAACUGUUACUUGGAGGAAACGUGUCAAUCACCUUGGCCGCUGGGAAUGUGAACUCAGCGACACCGACGACAAACAACACCCAGAGAGUCUGGUUACCUCACUAGGAAAGAUCUAUCGUGCAACCCAGAAUCCUUGCAGUAGUUCUCCCUGCGUAUCUAAUGCAACUUGCCAACCGACGUUUUUAAAAGAUGAAAGCUUCGUGUGCAAAUGCCCUUCUGGAUUUGAGGGACACAGCUGCCAUAAAGCCAAGAAAGGAUUUGGACUCGACAAUCCAGCCUCGACAUGCGUUGAGGUCGUAAACGAAACCUCAACUGCUCCAAGUGGAGGCUACUUUCUUACUACUGAGGAGGGAGGGGUGCAACAGACCUACUGUCACAUGGAUAUUAUUGCAGGGUGUGGCGAGGGACCCUGGACUCUAAUAAUGAAGAUAAGUGGAAACCAGUUCAAAGAUAUUGAGCUCUGUCAGAGUUACCCGUGGCUUGUCCGUUUUCCAUUUGUACGGUAUGUGAAAGACUUGGCGGCUUUUACUUUGCAGACGACGUUCCACUAUAACUCUCAUUACUGGCUUGACAAGCAGGUCUACAACCCGGAUGGUGGACUCACUGGAUUUGACGAAAUCGAAACAAAACUGCCAAGCUACUGGAGCACUCCAUUCAAUCAAAUGUGCCUUGGAAUGAAGUCACAGGGCACUACGAACUGGAUCAGGGUUGAAUCUUACAAUACCGCGUCACUGUAUCCCCUGUUAGCUGACGGCAACCACAGACCAACCAAUACCGGACGCAACACUUGGAAAUCACUGCUUGCCGGAUCCUCACUUCAAAGCAACUGCAACAUGGAAGGGUUCAAUUUGAAUCCUUCUACGUAUCUCUCAAGAUGGACAGCAAAAGCACGCAUAGGAAUUCUCGGCAACAACGAAAAUGAUUGCACUUCCUGCGAUUCAAGACUUGGCUUUGGAACCGGGGGAAGUUAUGUAGGAAUGGAUGACACCAAUAGCUGCGGGAAUGAGGCACUUGUGCUCGCAGACAAUGGCAACCAACACAUCAAGGCCCACUGUUACAUCUUAGUGCGGUGAACACGUAUCAAAUUGGACUGAAUUGGAAACACGCAUUCCGACUGAC